AUGUUGUCUCAUGUCAAACCACAGAGGCAACACAACCAGCAAAAGAAGAAGAAAGCGCAACAAAGUAAACGUCAUGAUAAAAUGCAUUAUCACGAGAGAGGAAGCAAUAAUACAAACGUUCAAAGAAGUUUUAUAUCAUUCCGACCAGAAGAAAGAAGAUACUUACCACUUACCACAACCACAAAUAAACCAGAGAACAAGCAUGCACCAAAGACAGUAAACCAGGAAAGACCGGAUUCGCAACAGCAGCAGCAAUACCAGCACCAUCGAAAAACCAGAGACCAAACAAAGAUCAGACAAAGACCAAACAAAGAUCAGACAAAGACCAAACAAAGUUCAGACAAAGACCAGACAAAGAUCAGACAAAGAUCAGACAAAGACCAAACAAAGACCAAACAAAGACCAGACAAAGACCAGACAAAGACCAGACAAAAAUCAGACAAAGACCAAACAAAGACCAGACAAAGAUCAUGUAAUGAAAUAGCCACCCAAACGCAACUUAACUGA